CCCAACAACAAGACCUAUCGUCCAACCCGCGCCGCGCUUAAACCCUCGAACAAAAACCUAACUUCAUUCCGGCUUCUUCGUCUUCUUUCUCCUCUCUUUCUCUCUCUGAUGCUCUCGCACCUCCAUUACACUCCCUUCACUCUCGGAGUCACUCGCGGAAACACCAAACCCUAACCCUAAUCGUUUGCGGGGGCGCUUUCCGGGACUCAGAGCCUCAGACGAACAUGUCUGAAGCUUACAGGGCCAGUUCAGUCGAUUGGAAGCCCUCUCCCUUGGUUGCCCUAGCCACCAGCGUCGACGACUCCCAAGUCGCCGCUGCUCGCCAGGACGGCUCCCUCGAGAUUUGGCUCGUCUCCCCCGGCUCCGUCGGCUGGCACUGUCAGCUGACGAUUCAUGGUGAUCCUGAAUCUCGAGUCUCGUCGCUUAUUUGGUGUCGUCCUGGCUCGAAAGGGUUGCCUUGUGGACGGUUGUUCUCGUCGAGCAUCAAUGGUUCGGUUUCGCAGUGGGAUCUUUUCCAUUUGAAGCAGAAGACCGUGUUGGAUUCUAUUGGGGUCUCAAUCUGGCAAAUGGCUGUUGCACCGUGUACUAAUGAAACUGAACCUAAGGACUACCCUAUUGGAAAUGGGUUUCUUAAAGCUAAUAGUACUGAGGGGGAUGAUAGCGAAGAUGAUUCCAAUUCAGCUGAGAUUAAUGAGCAAUCAGUUGUUGAGAACCAGUGUGUGGCAUUAGCUUGUGAUGAUGGCUGUGUGCGGAUAUACACCAUUACCAACACAGAUGAGUUUGUAUACACUAAAUCAUUGCCUAGGGUCAGUGGACGUGUCUUGAGUGUGACAUGGAGUCCUGAUGCUAAAUUUAUAUAUUCGGGGAGUAGUGAUGGGAUUAUAAGAUGCUGGGAUGCUAAAUUGGGCCAUGAAAUUUAUAGGAUUACGGUUGGGCUUGGAGGUUUGGGUAGUGGACCUGAACUUUGCGUUUGGUCGUUACUUUCUCUGAGGUGUGGGAACCUUGUAAGUGCAGACAGUACUGGCAGUGUUCAGUUUUGGGACAGUCAGCAUGGAACUCUAUUGCAGGCACAUUCGAACCACAAAGGUGAUGUAAAUGCUCUGGCAGCAGCUCCCAGCCAUAAUAGGGUGUUUUCUGCUGGUUCCGAUGGUCAGGUUAUUCUUUAUAAGCUCUCUAGUGCGACAGUGGGAUCUAGUGAUGACAAGUCUUCUUCUGAGGUGACAAAGAAAUGGAUCUAUGUUGGUCUUGUAAAAGCUCAUACACAUGAUGUUAGGGCUUUGACAGUGGCUGUACCGAUCAGCAGAGAAGAUCCCUUGCCAGAUGAAGGUAUAAAAAUACACCGUAAAGAACGUCGUAAGAUAACGCCUAAUAAUAUUAAUGAGUUCAGUUAUCGUAAAUGGGCACACUUGGGUGUUCCCAUGCUUAUCUCUGCUGGUGAUGACACAAAGCUAAUCGCUUAUCCUGUUAAGGAGUUCACACAGUUUAAACCCCAUGAUAUCUGCCCUGCGCCUCAAAGACUACCAAUUCAACUGGUGCUUAAUAGAACAUCCAAAGAAUCAUUGCUUCUUGUACAAGCUUCUAGUUGGGUGGAUAUCCUGCUUGUACGUACACAAAGUGGCACCUUUUCUAAGAUGGCUCCUGUCUCCAAAUGGGGCCAAGCCUCAACAGAUCUUUUGGUUCGAGUCAAGAGUAAGGCAUCUCGGAAGAUCAUUUGCAGCGCAAUUUCUAAUACGGGGGUGCUUUUUGCUUAUUCUGACCAUGUGAAACCUAGCCUAUAUGAAUUGAAGAAGAAUAAAGUUGGCAAAAGUGCACUGACUGUUAAUAAAAGACAACUUCCACAGAAACUACCAUUUGCCCAUUCCAUGGUUUUUAGUUCUGAUUCUUCUCGCUUAAUGAUAGCAGGGCAUGAUAGAAGAAUAUAUGUUGUGGAUGUGAGCAGAGAAGAACUAGUGCACAGGUUCACCCCUUGUCGUGAUUUGCAGGAUCAAGAAUUACCACCUAGUGAGCCUCCCAUAACAAAACUGUUCACCAGUUCUGAUGGGCAGUGGCUGGCUGCCAUCAAUUGCUUUGGAGAUAUUUAUGUAUUUAAUCUCGAGGUACAAAGGCAGCACUGGUUCAUUUCAAGACUAAAUGGUGCCUCUGUGACAGCUGGCGGUUUUUCCCCGCGAAACAACAAUGUGCUUUUAAUUACAACCUCUUCAAAUCAUGUAUAUGCGUUGGAUGUUGAGGAGAGAGAACUGGGAAACUGGUCGAGGCAGCAUACAUAUUGUCUGCCGAAGAAAUUCCAAGAAUUUCCAGGCGAAGUUAUCGGGCUCUCUUUCCCACCCUCCACAAGUUCAUCUUCUGUUAUCGUUUACAGUGCCAGGGCAAUGUGCUGGAUUGAUUUCGGGAAGCCCAUUGAUCCAGAUGAUGAAAGUAGUGGCAUGCCAAACAGUCAGAAUCCGUCAUCGUUGAAUUUGCAAAGUAGUAAUUCCAUUAAGAAGAUUCUAAAACGUAAAUUGACAGACAGUGAAACGGAGAGUAGACUUACGGCUAUGAAGAAUUUUGAUUUUAUUUGGUUCCCAAGUCCGGCUUUAUUUUUAGGUCAUCUUUCGAAUAGUUCUCUGUUGAUGAUAGACAAACCGUGGAUGGAAGUGGUUAAAUCUUUGGAUUCUGCACCCGUACACAAGUAUGUUUACGGGACAUAAUGUCAUGGAGGGUUUAGCCUUCGAGAGAGAGUGAGAGAGAGAUCAAAUGUGGCAAUCGAUCUCUUUUACACGUUGCCAUCGUGUAUUUUUUUCUCUUUGGUUACGGAGGGCUAAAGCGUGUUGUGUAAUUGUACUCAUCAAAAUUUUGUUCUUGUUAACCAGUUUAAUGAAGUUUGUCUUACAAUUCUUUUA